AUGCUUUAUCUCAAAAUUUUCCAAACUGCUGGUUUCCUUGGUGCACAGUUUACAAAUGGUUUCUUAUUGUUUUUGAUACAAUUAAAAGGUGUCAAGUUAUUUGGAUCAUACCGCUAUGUCAUUUCAAGUUUCACAUUAUACACUUUUCUUUAUACAUGGAUUGAAAUAUUAACUCAACCAGUUAUGCAUAUUUAUGGACCAAUAUUUGUAGUUUAUAUGGACAGUGCUUUAAAAUAUGAAAAGUCUAUUGGCGAAUUUAUUGUUUGCCUCUAUUGUGCUUCUUUUGCUUUAUGUAUUUCCUUAUUGGCCACUCAAUUUUAUACACGUUAUUUGGCAAUUUGCAGGUAUGAAUUCUCAAUUUGUGUCAUGUUUCAGAACUUAAAUUGUUGCAGACCUGAAAGGUUCAAAAUUUUCAAUGGCCCCCAACUUUGCUUGCUUUUCAUUCCAAGUUUGAUUUGUUUCAUUCUAUGGUUUUCAUUUGUUUGGUUCGGAAUGCAAAAUACAAAAGUAAAACAAGAAUAUCUACGAGAAGUACUUUUGAGCAAUUAUAAUGAGUCUUCAAAUGAUGUAUCUUUUAUUGCUCCAAUGUAUUGGAAACCAGAUGAAAACAAUGUAAAAAGAUAUGAUUUUUAUGAAAUAUCUGCUUCUGCUGGAUGUGUCUUGAUUAUUGUAUCUUGUCUCUCGACAAUUAUAUUUUGUAUAAUUCGAAUUUAUAACAGACUACAUCAGAAAACAGCAACUAUGAGUAAUAGAACAAAAGACAUUAAUAAACAAAUUUUAAAAACGUUAUGCUUACAGGUUUGUUCUAAGUUUUCAGGAAUACAUUUCGAAAUCUUCAAUUUUCAGACCAUUCUCCCGAUAAUAAUGAUGUAUACACCUGUUGGAUUGUUUAUUGUUUUUCCAUUAUUUGAAAUUGGUGUUGGAAAGUUUGCAAACAUUGUUGGAGCAUCAUUAGGAGUCUAUCCUAGUCUUGAACCACUUUUCCCGUUAAUCUGUAUACGAGAGUUCCGCCGAACUAUUCUUUGUUGGUUUUCUCGUCCUACUGAAGUCCAUACAAAAGUCUCAACCUCUGUCAAAACAUUAUAA